AUGACGAAACGACAACGAAGUGUGACGGUAGUAGAAGACAAGACACUGGAGAGAGAGAAUAAGAAUGACAAACAUGAGAGUAAACGACGUCGAAAAGGAGACGACCGGACUUCGAUCUCACCUCCUCUUAUUCUACCAACAUCACCACCAGCUAAUUUAAGUGAAAGACAUUCAUUAACAUUACAGACACAGAAAGGUACUGAAGAAAAGGAGAAGGAAGAGGAGGAAGAAAAGGAAGAAGAAAAGGCGAGGUUUCCACCGUCUCCCAUUGUCAUUCCUUCUCUUCAACUAAAAGAAGAAGAAGAAGAAGAAGAGAUUUCUAAAGAAAACAGGAGAAAUGAGGACACUAACGUGGACAAGAUCAUUGUCAGGUCACAAGACAGUGACACUGAUCUUGUAACAACUCCUUGUGUCAAUUUUGAGACUGCUAAUGUCCAUUGCAGUCAAAAAUCAUCACAGAAGAAGGAGAUCGAUCAUGAUACAUCUCUCCGUGCUAUUCAGGAAACACCUCCUCCUUCAGCUCGGAUGCUCGAUCGAAAGAAUCCACCACCGCCGCCGAAACGACCAAAACGUCGUCAUUAUGGUGGUAUUAUCUACACACGGACUUAUCCACGCUUGGCGUUGUCUCCACUUGUAGAUGACUCCCCACCCGCUUCUCCGCGGGUGUUUCGAUCACUGGAGAACGAGUUUGCCUUUGCUAUGCAAGACACACCCGAAAUCCGACCACGGAUACGACCGGCGCCAAGAAUGGCACGAGGUUCACGACGGUCGACACGAGCAGGAUCUUCACGAGCUCAAAGGUCGUUGGACACUCCUACCUCGACGAUGGUAUUGAGGUCACGACAGUUGAAUCCGAGCUUGAGUGUAGAUGGCGGGAAACCUGAGAAUCAACGUGAACGAGAACAACGUGAUGCUCAACGUCGACAAUGA